CGCCGAGCAGCAUCUCCGGUCAGAGUGAGGAGCAGCCUCAGUGUAAGAGGAGCAGGGAGUCUGGAGGAGCUGGAGCAGGAGUAGGAGCAGGCAGCACAGUUCAGCGGCUCCUCCCGCGUUCGUCCCACACUCAGCUAGUGCUGCUCCCCGGCAGAGGAGGUGAUGAUGGCGGCGGCUGUAGAGAGAGGAGGCGUCCGGGCCGCUUUCCUGAACCCGAGCAGCGGCGGCGGCGGAGGACCAGUACCGACUACCCUCCCGACCGGAGGGCUGGCCGGGGCUGUGGUGCUGGGCUCCGGCAGCAUGCCCGUGCCAAUGAACCUGUUUGCGACCUGGGAGAUAGACCGAUCAUCCCCAAGCUGCGUGCCGAGACUCUGCAGCCUCACUCUGAAGAAGCUGGUCGUCCUCAAAGAACUGGAUAAAGAGCUCAACUCUUUGAGUAUAGCUGUCAAAAUACAGGGCUCCAAGCGUCUCCUGAGAUCAAAUGAGUACGUGCUCCCUCCCAGUGGACUGAUGGAGACGGACCUGGAGCUCACAUUCUCACUACAGUAUCCACACUUUCUAAAGAGGGAUUCCAACAGGCUGCAGAUCAUGCUGCAGAGGAGGAAACGCUACAAGAACCGAACCAUCCUGGGCUACAAGACGUUGGCUGUGGGCGUCAUCAACAUGGCCGAGGUGAUGCAACACCCGACAGACGGAGGACAGAUCCUGGGUCUCCAUAGCAACGUGAAGGAGGCCCCGGUGCGUGUGGCUGAGAUCAGCGUGUACUCUCUGUCGAGCCAGCCCAUCGACCACGAGGAUGGCAGUGGGCAGGCCGGACGCAAGACCAAAACCUCAGAUCGCUCCCCAGACAUGGACAACUACUCCGAGGAGGAUGACGAUAGCUACUCGUCAGAGCAGGAAGCCAGCGAUGACGCAGUCCACGGACAGGAUCUUUACGACGAAGACGACGAGGUGAGGAAGCCGAAGAAACCCCGGAGGAAAAUGAUCCGAACCACCUCCAUGACCAGGCAACCGAACUUUAAGCAGAAGUUUGUGGCCUUACUGAAGAGGUUCAAGGUCACAGAUGAGGUCCUGGACUCUGACCCCGUGGACCAGACGCAGGAGGUGGAGGAGGAUCUGGACUUACUCUACGACAGCCUGGAGGUUUACAACCAGAGCGACAGCGGCCCGGAGAUGGAGGACAACGAGAGCGUCCUGAGCACACCCAAACCCAAACUCAAGCCGUUUUUCGAGGGGAUGUCUCACUCCAGCUCGCAGACGGAAAUUGGAAGCAUACACAGCCAGAAGAGCGCGCAGAGAGAGCUGUCAUGUCCUAGUGGCGAAUUCCUGACCGUGGAAAGAUGUAAAAUACAAGGAGCCCGGUAUCAAGACGACAUCGUGGCAGACACCACAGUUGGGGAGCCGGAGACUGACGACAGCGGGCCGGGGCCGGGGGAGGUGAGCAGCUGGGACGUCAACACUGAGCGGAUGACCAGCACUGUUGGCAAGCUCUGCAAGACCGAGUCCCAGAACCACAUGUCUCCCAGUAAAGUGGAGAACAGGCUGCAGAGGCGUCCUCGCAGCACCUCCAUGAAAGACAGACAGAACUCGAAGGCUCAGAGCGACAGGACCAGCAGCAUGGAGAGCGAGUGCUCCCCUGACUCCCGGCUCAUCGCUCAGGUCCCCAGGAAGUCUGUGUACGACCAGCUGAACCAGAUCCUCAUCUCUGACGAACGCCUCCCAGAGAGCAUCAUCCUCAUCAACACCAUGGAGUGGCAAGGACAGUACGUUGCCGAGUUGCUCCAUGAACAGGCCCAGCCCAUUGUGUCCACCUGCUCUGCUGCCGAUGUUCAGGCUGCCUUCAACACCAUCGUGACUCGCAUCCAGAGAUUUUGUAACUGCAACGCACAGACACCGCCGACGAUGAAGGUGGCGGUGGCAGGUGACCAGAGUUACCUCAGCACCAUCCUGAGGUUCUUUGUGGAGCAGCUCGCCAACAAGACGCCCGACUGGCUCAGCUACAUUCGCUUCCUGGUGAUACCCAUCGGUUCUCAUCCGCUGGCAAAGUACGUGGCCUCGUUUGACAGCCGGUUCAACAACAUCUUUAUGGACACGGCGUGGAGGGAGCUGUUCUGCAGGACGGAGCGGCCCGCCUCAGAUAACAUCGACGUAGCGGGACGGGUGGUGCAGUAUCUGGCCGGUGCCAACGUGUCCCACCAGUUCCCCAUCUCAGAAGCCAUGCUCACCUACAAACAGAAGAGGAAAAGGAGUUUGUAUUUUGAUUUUUACAUCAGCCCCGACGAGGACUCCUGUCAGAAGUUUGUGCCGUUUAUCGGGGUCGUGAAAGUUGGGAUUGUGGAGCAGAGCCUCUCGACUUCAGUUGACUCAGACGAUGCAAUGGGAGGCAACACGAGCAUCCUGUCCUCCCCGACGCCCCCAUCGGCUGGUCCGUAUGGGAAGGAGAUCGGUGGCACGCCCCCGCAGUCUCCCUCCGUGUCCACGGCCCUCUCAGGAGCUGGCUCUCCGUGUUCGGGCAGCGAGGUGAUGGGGCUGCAGGUGGACUACUGGACGUGGCAGGGUCCAGAGAAGAAGAAGGAGGGCGAGAAGAGGGACGUGGGGCUGAAGAACACCCUGAAGAGUAACUUCAGAUCUCUGCAGGUCAGCCGCCUGCCCUGUGGAGGGGAGCUCACCCCCCCACCCAGCAUGGCCAUGACCGUGGUCACCAAGGAGAAGAACAAGAAAGUGAUCUUCCUCAGUAAGAAGCCGAAGGAGAAAGAGCUGGACUCUAAGAGCCAAGUGAUCGAUGGAAUCAGCAGGUUGAUCUGCACUGCCAAACACCAGCACACCAUGCUGAGAGUCACCAUCGAUGGAGUCGAGUGGAACGACGUGAAAUUUUUCCAGCUCGCUGCCCAGUGGCCGACACACGUCAAGCACUUCCCGGUGGGAAUCUUUGGUUACACCAAACCCGUGUGACCCCGGCUGCCCCCCCCACCCUCACGACUCUCCGCUGCACUUGUCUCACCGAGAGGCUCCAGAGAAUGAGAAGAGACGCCGACGGGCCCGGCAGUACUAGUUUUCCUGUGGAAAUCUUACUGACUCUCAGCGGCUUGUUCAUAAAGGAUGUUGGUGUUGUCAACUCGAUGUUUUUGAUGUUGUUGGGUGUUGUUGUUGUUUUUUACACACUACCGAAAGAACAAGUACUAUUUUGUAAGAUUUGUGCUACCGCCUCGGAGCUACUUUGGGGGUUUUGACAAUUUGCCACAUUUCAAUAAUGGCAGCUGUGUUUGCACUUUGUUUUGUUAACAUUUUAUUAUUUCUGUGAAAUCCUACAUUUAUUGUGACUCUCUAGACGACGGAGGAGUGUGAUGGUGACGUGCAGUGGCGUGCGUGAGACCGUGUUUGUUGUUGAAAGUUGGAAUAUUGCUGUGAAACUAGAUGGAUCCUUUUCUGACUCACCUUCUCUUUACUCGUCCCGUUACUUUCAAAAAGAUGGAGGAGCCGACCAUCUGGUUGCUUUGAGCACACGGCGCAGCUCGGCGUGAAGGGCGCUGUGACACUUCAGAUCGUUGUGUUUGCGUCGGUGUUGUCGUACGCUCAGACUGUGUGGUAACAUCAGGACGACACAUUUCAACCAUCGACAGCUGGACGACAAAUCGAGUUGUGACUGUCUGAGCUGUCGCUUCGUUUCCCGCUCCUGAUCGGGAAGUUUGAACUUUGAUACGAUUCUAUAAAAAAACAAAAAAUCCACACACAAAACUCAAAGUCCAAGGCGCCUCAUAUCGUGGAGUUUCUCGUUUUUAAUCAUCAAAACUUGAAGGUAAACUCCUGCACGCGUCUAAGUACACGAUACAUUCAGUACCAGAACGCAGUCGAGGAUUCAUUGUAGGAGAGGAAGUAAGCUCCUGCUCACGGUCUGAUGCACGCUGGCAAUGUUUCGCUCCUGAUGUUUUGCCAUCGUUGUUUCAGACGGCGUGCCGCGGUCUGCUCAUUGAAAACGACAUCUCCAAUACUGCGUGCCUAUGACGUCUACAUUCGGUCUCAUUGUAUCCAAACAGAUAUCGAUGUCGUUUAAUUUUUUACUAGAAUCAUAACUUAAGUUUAACAUUCUGUUACCGUGACAACCCCGACCUAAGGCGUCUCUCACACACGCGACGGUCGUAACGUAACAAACGCUCCAGAUGUGCCAAAGUUUGUUUACAGUCCAACCUUUGAGCUCUUUGUGAAACUGAGGUUGAAGAGGAUCUGUGCUGCUCGUCCACGUCAGUAUUAACCUCAACGAGAUCAUCAAACGUUAACCCAUCUAGCGUCUAUGGGCCGCGUGCACUAACCUGUUCUGAACCGCUGCGUCCUGUCGUACCGGACCUGAAACACACAUUCAGGUCCGUCUUCGGUCUCGUGCCGAGCUCUUUGGGAAAAUAAAUGUUCAGUUUGUCUGACUGGAAACGGGCUGCGACGUGUUGAUUUUGAAACAGGAUGACAAGUGAGCGGAGUGUUUCCAGAUGUGCGAGUCACUGCCUGCGUGUGUGUGUGCGUGUGCGCGUGCGUGUCGGUGUGCUACGUGUUCGAUGGUACUCCCUGAUAGUGUUACGUGAAACUUUUGCAAUAGGAAACCUUGGACAAAGGGCCUUCUGUCUGAGUUAGUUGUUGCUUUUUAUAAAGUGAAGACUUACCGAGCUUUGAUAGGCUGGCUUUUUUUAGUAUUGUAUAGAAAAUAUAUACAAAAUGUAUUAUUGUGAACCCCCCCCACCACCCCCCCUCUAAAUUGAAAGCACAAAUAGCUUCCCCUUAUUUCUCGACUUAAAUGCCAAAUAUAUCUGAGCAGAACUCUUAAGUAUGAAGUUAAACACUAUUAGACUCGUCUCACUUCGUGAUGCACUUUCAGGUGGUUUGGACACGUUCAAGCUCGAACCAGGACGUCGUUUGGUUUGAGGUGAAGUGUUCGAGGUUAUUGGAAAUGUAAACCACUACCUUUAGUCAAGAGAAGGCCGCUCUUCUGAUUCUUGUUUUUUUUUUUAAUGACCCUGUUUGUUGGCGGGUUGGAGAUCCUGUCAGCGCUGUCUGUUACUUUAUGUUUUGCCACUUGAUGAAAAAAAUAAAAAAAAUGGUAUUCUGCAGCUAUCGCCACACGUGUCGGCCUGUGACGCCACAGCCGAGAGUCUCUGUCUCCUGCUUUGUGAAGGGUUCACUCUCUUCUCGACGUGUGGAGACAAAGCGGGCCGUGGAUGGUCAUCAGGGCGGCUCUUUGAGGGAAUUAACCUUUAAAAUGAGGCAAAAAGAAAAGUGUGUUUCGAUGUAUUUAAACCUCGAGUUUCUUUCUUUGGUUUGCCCUGAACUAGAGGUAGCAUGGGAGCGUUUCACAGGACCGGGUCGAUGAGUCGGCAUGUUCUGUCUCAUCACUCCUGCUCCCUGAAACGCCGCCCAGUGUCUUUGCACAAAGCCUGUUUUCAACGACAUGACAGUAUUUUUAAAUUGACCACUAAAGAUAUGGGUUACUCUGCAUGUUUUACUAUAGAUGUAAAUAUGUUUUGGAUUUUUAUAUUGUUUUGUUUCUUUCCAUUGCUCUCACAAGCAGUUGUGUUUAAUAAAAGUUUUUAAUCUUC